UUAUAAUUGUUGCUUAAUAUUAAAUAAUAAGAAUUAUGCAAGUUCUGUUAUAUACAGUGCUUGUGUGGGCACAGAUAGCACUGACCAUAUGUAAGGCAUCAAAACCAAUGGUAAUAAUAGACACGGAUAGCGGCGUUGACGACGCUUUGGCCAUAAUGUUGGCCACGUAUUGCCACAAACACAAUAUGAUUGACAUAAUGGCCAUCACAUGUCAAUUCGGUAAUACAUAUGUCGAUAAUGUGGUCAAAAAUGUCGGCUAUACUCUCAAUGCCAGUGAAUUAGAAGGAAUAAAAAUAUACAGGGGUUCUGAUGGACCUAUUGUUGGCAAAUUUGUUUCCGACGAUUACUACGGAAUCGAUGGUUUGGGAAACUCUACACUAGAUAUGCCCCCAAUUGAUGUGCACAUAGAGAGUGAACACGCGGUCAAUGCAUUGGUACGACUGGCCAGAGAGCACCCGAAGCAAAUUACCUUGAUCGCUUUGGGACCCUUAACUAAUAUAGCGCUCGCAUAUAUGUUGGACAACAAAUUCUUUGACAAUUUAAAAGAAAUUGUUUAUAUGGGCGGUAGUAUUGACUUUGGGGGUAAUAUGGGUCCGGGAAAAGAGUUUAAUGUUGUGUCUGAUGUGGAGGCUGUGAGUAGAGUGCUGUCCAGUGCCAAGUGUCCCAUCACUAUAGUGCCCAUUGAGUGUUGUGACAGGCAUGUACUUACCUGGGACAUUUACGACCAAAUAAUAAAAUUGGAUUCAAAGAAAUCAAAGUUUAUGAAACUGGUAACAGAUAUGGAGGUAAAGCGACUCAAAGAGCAGCCGGGAUCUAAAGGCAUAACAAUGUAUGACAUUCUGGCAGUAAUGGCGCCCAUAUAUGAAGACUAUAUUGAAUCCAAAGUUGAAUACAAGACAAGCAUUGAAUUGAAUGGAGGGCUAACUCGAGGAGAACUCGUGUUCGACAAGAGGUCGACACCCGAUGUCCUGAAUAAUGACUGGAAAUCAGUUCAAUAUAUCAAACACUUUGACGACAAGAAAUUAUCACAACUUUUUAUUGAUUUUAUGAAAUAAUAACUUUGUCAAUAGAGUAUAAAAAU